AUGGACGGCGGAGCGACUCCAGCGGCAGGUGCAGCUGGUUCCAGUGCUACUGGCGCUAUGACUAAGGACCCCGAAAUCAAGUACAUUUGUGGAGAUUGCGGUAUUGUCAAUUACCUAUCAGCACGUGACCCUAUUCGCUGUCGCGCCUGCGGUUACCGUAUCAUGUACAAGGCUCGUACCAAGCGUCUCAUCCAGUUUGAAGCCCGGUAA